GAAGGACCACGAAAGACAAACCGAGAUUAGUGUUGAAGAAAACAAAAAAAAAGAGCAAGAAAGAAAGAGAAGAUUGUUACAUAGAAAAAGAGAGAGAGACAAAUGGAGUGGAGAAAAUGGUAUUUAGAUGCAGUUCUUGUUCCAUGUGCUCUACUUGUGAUGUUUAGUUACCACAUCUACUUGUGGUACAAGGUUCGAACCGAACCUUUCUCUACCAUCGUCGGCACUAAUUCUCGCGCUCGUCGAUCUUGGGUUGCCGCCAUCAUGAAGGACAACGAGAAGAAGAACAUCUUAGCUGUACAAACACUACGAAACACGAUCAUGGGAGCGACGCUAAUGGCCACAACUUGCAUCCUCCUCUGCGCAGGUCUCGCCGCCGUUUUAAGCAGUACUUAUAGCAUCAAGAAGCCUCUAAACGAUGCCGUAUUUGGAUCCCAUGGUGACUUCACAGUCGCACUCAAAUACGUAACCAUCCUCACUAUCUUCCUCUUCGCCUUCUUUUCUCAUUCUCUCUCCAUUCGCUUCAUCAACCAAGUCAACAUCCUCAUUAACUCUCCUCAAGAUCCAUCCUCCGAUGACUUCGGAAGCUUCGUGACUACUCCCGAGUAUGUCUCUGAGCUACUCGAGAAAGCUUUCUUGCUAAACACGGUAGGUAAUAGGUUGUUCUACAUGGGCUUGCCUUUGAUGUUGUGGAUAUUUGGACCCGUGCUUGUGUUCUUGAGCUCUGCGUUGAUGGUUCCUGUUCUAUAUAAUCUGGACUUUGUGUUUUCGUCGGGGAAUAAGGAGAAGUGUAAAGUGGAUUGUCAUGGAGAUUCUGAUGAUCACUGCUCUCCUUGAUAUUAUAUAUGUUCAUGUUGAAUAUGUAUAUGAUUAAUAAUAAACUUGUUGAUUAA